GCCACAGCAGUGAAGACUGGGAUCAGUAUUGUUUAAACAAUUUUCCCUGCAGUAUUUUGGUACAUUUUUUUGAUCUCCAGAUCAAACAUUCAUGAUCGCAAUGGGCACAGUGACAAACUUUCUCCUCUGCAGCUUUGUUGUGGGUAUUGCUCAGAGUGAGGUGAUUUUACAUCCGGACAAGCCAUUUGAGAGGGUGAAGGUCCUUAACCAAGUUAAGCUGAGGUGCUGCUACUCUUCACCAACCACCAGACCGUCAGAAAUCACUUGGAUAAAACGCAGUUCCAACAAAACCCAGGCUCUACGUGCUGUGGAGCUUUCGGACUUUGUGAUUAAAAGAAGGGCAAAACUCUCUGUCAAUUUCUCCUGUUCCACCCUAACCUUCCAGCGAGUCCAGCUGGAGGACACCGGGAUGUACCAGUGUUGGCUGAAUGACAGUAAACUCCUCUCCCAUGGCACCUACCUGCAGGUCUACAAGCACUUGGAGAAGACGCUAAACCUCAAGGAAAGCACCAAAAACAAGAUCCUGACGGCUGAAGGAGUCUUACUGCUACUGUGUGUUCUUGGGCCCUCUAUCACUUUUCUCUUCAAGUCAAAGAGACUAAACCAACUGGAGAAGAAGAAAGUGAAAAAGGAAGAGGAAAACAUAUAUCAGGGGCUAAAUCUGGACGAAUGUUGGUCAACGUAUGAUCAGAUCGAGCGUGCCCAGACACAUGGCCCGUACCAGGAUGUGGGCAACGUAAAGGAAGAAGAGGAGCCGAUCCAGCUGGAGAAACCCUGAGGGAAAGUGGAAAAAUAGAGUAAAGGGAGGAAGAAAGGGAGAGUGCUGAGUCUAUUUUGAGAGCCAAUGUUUCACUGUGUGAUAUUUGAAUAUUAGGUUCAUUCUUUGCCACACACAGUUUUGUACAUAACCUGCGGUUGCAGUUUCAGCAUCUGAUAACAUAUUGAUUAUUUAGCUUGUUUAAGUUGAGAUUGAGAAUUGUUUUUUGACUGUGGGAACAGCAGCUGGCAAAACAGUCUCACAACAGGGUCCGCUCAGUCACGGCUUUAGCCAGGAUAAUAGAGGCCAGAAGUCCAAGAUAGUUUUGAUGCGACAUACAUCCUAAUGUUUAGUGUGUUAAAUUGAAGGACACUGAGUCUAUAAAAAUAAUCAUAUCUGUCUUUUAUAUGUAUAACUUAAAAUGGCUAAAUGUAAACAACCCUUCAGUUACCCUAAUUACACAACAACAACAACAACAACAGCAGCAACAGCAACAACAGAGGACUUGUUUUCUCGGUGUACCCAAAUAGUAGUUGCAGCCUUGCACUCAGUUGCUGUUCUGACCUUUCAAACAUAACUUGGUGCAUCUUUUAAACAGGGGUGUCGCACCAAAUUCUGGGCCCUAUUCGUAAGCAAUCUCUGUGGGCACCCCGCCCUUCCUUUCUUGAUCUAUGUCUCUCUCUAGCACCUUUUGAUUUUUUUUUACAGCCAGUUUUUUAGUUUUCAUUCUUUAACUUUCUUUUCUUUUCUUUUUUUUCCUUUUGGAAAAGAAAAACCCUGAUUUCUCUUCAUAGAUAUGAUAUGAUUGUGUGUGUUGGUGAUCCAGCAGUUUAUGAAGAGGGGCCUCAGAGAGCUUCCACUAUUCUGUGGAACGCAGUCUUUAUACCAAUUUAUUCUGCCAAUUAUAAUUUAGUAAUGACAGUAGUUACUCUAUGUAGAAAUAAAAACCUGUUAACAAAACAAAACUUUCCAUGCCAGGGUCAAAGUGCUUAGAAAAAAAUGGUAACACCUAAAAUUUCAUGACAACCAAGCAGCUCCAUCUGCUGAGACUGUGUGAUGCGUUCAAAAGCUCCAGAAUAUAUUCUGAGUCGAGUAUGUGGUGAGAUUGUUUUGCCAUCAUUUUAUGUUCACCAACAAAAAAAAAUCUAUGAAAAUGAAUUUCUUGAAUUUUACUUAAUGACUCUAUGAUGUGUGACAAUCUAUUUGCUUCCUGCCAUUGCUUAAAGAAUAAAGUUGUGUAAAAGAAAAAAAAA